AUGCUAAUGGAAGAAAGACUGGAACACUUGUCCUCGCAUGAAUCCGAUGCAUCGACGCUUUUAUCAGAGGAUUCCACUGAAUACGACACUGACGAACUGACCACAGUGGAUAGCUGGAACUCUCAUGGCUUUGUAGCCAAAGAUGAGUAUGCCAUGAUUGGCGUGUUGAAUGCUGCACUUGAACAAGUUACUGUACAAAUCAAGGAUGUCAAGGACGAAAUCAAGGCAUUGCUAUCGACUGAAUGGACAUCCAUGACCAAGGACCGGCUACGCAAACAGAAGAUUUUGCUGGAGACCCAAAGAGCCAUGAUUCAAGACCGAUUGCUGAAUCAAUACAGCACCAUUAAGCGUCGUAUGCAUCGUGAUGCCAACACAGUGCGAUUGCAUGAUAAAGUAUCUUUUGUUAUGGGUGUAGGGAAUACUUGCAUUACACCUGUCAUUGCAGCUCGUUUACCCGUGUGGAUCCCCAUCUAUUACACUGCCCAGCUCUGUUACCUGAUCACACUGCGAUUUGUUGUGUAUAAAUCCAAGCAGUGGCACUACUUCUUUUUCGACUUGUGCUACUACGUGAACCUGCUGACAUUGCUCUCGCUAUGGGUGUUUCCGUCAUCCACACUGCUCUAUACAGCCGCAUUUACCUUGACUAAUGGGCCUGUGUUAUGGGCCAUCAUUACCUGGCGCAAUUCACUCGUAUUUCACUCUUUGGACAAGGUGACAUCGGUGUUCAUUCACAUCUUUCCUGCUUUGGUCACCUAUACACUUCGCUGGUUUACAGUGCUUCAUGGAGAUCCGGAUGAAGCUCUUGUCUACAGAGAUGAGCACUUUUCUGCCAUCUCCAACAUGCCAGUGAUGGGAUGGUGGUACACGCUGUUUGUGUCUACUAGCUUUUAUCUGACCUGGCAAAUAUUCUACGUUUGCUUUGUGAUGGUGGCAAAGAAAGACAAGGUGGAGUCGGGAUUAAGGACAACAUCAUACACUACUUUGCUCAACAGGUCACCAGAAGACAAGAAGAAAAAGUCGUUUAUAUUAGCACUUACAAGCAUGUUUGGUGAGAAAUACAAGCUACACAUGUUUAUAUUUUGGCAAUUCUGGUAUACCUUGGGCACCAGUGCGCUUACCUACUUUUACUACAAGAGUUUCUGGUUUCACUCGUCGUGCUUGGUGGCCAUGUUUGCUGUCAGUGUGUGGAAUGGAGCGAGCUACUACAUUGAUGUCUUUUCAAAGCACUAUCUUGAUGAAGUCGAGCGCAGACUGUCAGAGCACAAGGAGAAGAACCAGCACAACUACAGAAUACUGACAAAGCAAAAGAGUUUGAAGCGAAAACAACAGAAACAUAUCGACGAUAAACAUGAUUGA